AUGGAGCUUAAGGCUGUGUUCUUUAUUCCAUGUGAGAUGGGCUUUUACAUGCAAAAGCACUUUUCUGUCAAAAGUAAUAAAGAACACACUUUUAUCUCUUGCAAAUUUUUAACAUAUUUGAAAUACUUUUGGGCAGAUGAAAAAGCAGAUUUUUUUACCUUUUCAGCCAAAAGUACUUUUGGCUGGUCUUUUAUUUUUUUAGCCACGCAACACACAACAACGUUUUUCAUUGCUGGUUCUUUGUUCCUGCCAUUUCUUUGUUCCUCUUCUUCACUGAAGAAGUAUUUCUUUGUUCCUCUUCUCCACCACCGAGAAAAGCAAAGUGGAGGAGGAAAGAUGUUAGCAAUAGCAAGGCAAAGGGUGUUAGGGCAAUCAUUUAAGAAGAUUCUGCCUGCAGUGUCUGUCUUGAGAAGUUACUCAUCUGCUGCAAAACAGGUACCGAUUGCUAAGUCGACCAUAUGCUUUUAAUUGCAUACUAAGAUUGAGGACAUCGACUGAAUUCAAGCCUGGCCAUUCUGUAAGUUUUCCUCUUUCUACUUUCAAAUUUUCUUACUGGGAAAUAUCAUCUAAUAAUUUUUGAUUUCUCACUUCUUUCAAUCCCACCUUUUGCAGUAUGGUCACUUUUUCCCAGAUCCACAAUAUGAAAAUGUUCAGCACAUCAUUUGUUGUGAUUUUUUUGCAACAUAUGCUUAUGAUUUUGAUUUCGCUAAUAAUGUUGGAUUUUACAGAUAUUAAUUACUCGUUACAAUUUCAUUCUUUGGCUGCCACAGUCAAUAUUACUAGUAUUUUUUAUUGUUGAAUCUAAUGGACAUACAUUCUGGACUAUUUUGCUCUAGAAUGCAGGGACUUCAUCUGGCAUAGAAUCUUAUAGCUUAGUGUUCUACUUUCUUUGAGUUCUCUUGAUUCAAUAAAAUAUAUUCAUUAUGCUCAGAUUAUACAAUGUUAUUAUGAUUAUAUAUAUAUAUUUUCUCAUUGUAUUAGUUUCUUGCCUGCAUCAGAUGGUCCCACCUAAAUGCUUGAAACAUGCUCCCUUUAAGUGUUUUGUGGUUGUGCUACCUUUUUUUGUUGAUAGCAAUUUGUGGAGCAUUACUGUUAUAUUAUUUAAAUAUUUUAAUCUCCUUUUUCCUUUACAGACAUUCUUCUGAACUACCUAUAGUGCAGAUUGCAUUUCAGUACAUUGUUGUUGUGCCCCCUGAGGAACUCUCGAGUUUAGGAUUGGUGUCUCCUAGUAGGACUUAACAAAAAGUUCGUUAUACAUGGAUCAUUGUACUUAUUCCCUUGUUCAUUACCAAAUUCCAGUACUCCCCAAACCAAAUGGUUGGAGUUCGUAUUAGAGUUUAAGUUGUAAAACAUAGAUAGAUGUAGUUAUUGAGAAACCAUUUUUUUGUUUAGAACAUCAAAUACAUAUGUAAAUUUUGUCAAUAUAUGAAUAUUAUAUUUGGAUGUGAAAUAUAAUUCUUAAGUUAUUUAUUA